AAUUCCGCAUUGCGCAUAUGUUCUGUAUCAUGGAAUCGUGUCAUAACUGCCAGAAGUUGCAUGCACGUUUGAAUUUAACUGCAUAUUUAACAAUCGAUUAUGUGAUUUUGCUACAUUCUUAUAUUCAUUGCUAGUACUGACAAUCUAUAAUACACAUAACAUGAAUCAUAGAUUUUCAGUACUAGCGGUGGAUAUCGGAACGCAGGCUUCGUGCGCAAUAUGACAUGCGAGAAUAUUCACAGCUGUUUUAGCAAAACAGGUGUUUUUACAAUAUAGUCAGUGAGAAAGCGUAGUGAUAGCACACGUGAUUAAUCGAGGGAUAAUCACGUGUUAAAUGUGAUAUUAAAUUAGUUCCUAGUGAUUAAUAACCGAUUGUAUAAAUUUAUCCACAAUUUUUCUAACGAUUUUCUAUUACUGAUAAAAUUUUAAGAAGGAGAGAGAGAUAUUCUAUUACAUCAUGAAUAACAUAUAAAUGUAAAUUGUGAAGGACGAUGUUUUUUCUAUGACGCUAACGUGGCACAAACAAAACCAAAUAAUCGACAAUACUGAACUAUGGAGGAACAUCUUGACAUUACAGUAGAUGAAAAUAGAAUUAUUGAAGGCGCUAAAGACAUUAUAAAGAAGAUUAGACCAUCAUGGUUUUUACAGCAACUGCAUUUUAAGAUAUUUACUGACGGAAUAUCAAAUAAAUUAGUAGGAAUAUGGUACUUGGAUCAUUAUAUAGAUAUGGUUUUGAUUAGAGUCUAUGGUAACAAUACAGAUUUGCUGGUUGAUAGAAAAAGCGAAAUAGAAAAUAUUCGGAUAUUGAAUAAGGCUGGUUAUACUCACUGCAUUUAUGCUACAUUUAAUAAUGGAUUUGCCUAUCAAUUCUUGGAGGGUGACACACUGACAGUGAAAACAGUUAGAGAUCCAAAAAUAUAUCCAUUAAUAGCGAGACGCCUGGCUGAAAUGCAUUCUCUUAAAAUUGAAAAUGAAAAUAUAUCGAAACAAGUAUGUAUUUGGGAAAAGACAAAGAAAUUUAUGGAAAUUAUGCCAAGAAAAUUUUCUGACCCUCUUAAACAAGCAAAGUUUGAGGUACUGAUACAGCCAUAUGCAAUAUUAGAAAAAGAAUAUCAAAUAUUGAAGGAAGAACUUUCAAUAAUGGAAAGUCCUGUGAUAUAUGCUCACAAUGAUCUUUUACUGACAAACAUAUUGUACAACCGGCAGCAGGAAAGCGUUGUUUUUAUCGAUUAUGAAUACACUGCAUUUAAUUAUCAGGCAUUCGAUAUUGCUAAUCACUUUGCGGAAUUUGCCGGGAUCGAAGAACCAAAUUAUUCUUUAUAUCCGGACGAACAGUUCCGAAAAGCAUGGUUAAAAGAAUAUUUACAAUCAUACAAUACGACGAAUUAUGUGUCUGAAAAAGAAGUUGAUAAAUUGCAUCAGCAAGUUGUUAAAUUCACUCCUUUACCACAUUAUUUUUGGGGCUGUUGGGCUCUGAUUCAAAGUGAACAUUCCACUAUCAAUUUCGACUUUCUGGAAUAUGCCGCAAUUCGUUUUAACGAGUACUUUAGAUGGAAGGAGGAAAUUUCUAAAUUGAACAUAGAUGAUGAAAAAAAGUAAUGUAAAAAGUGAAGAGGAAAAAGCAUCUUUUAAAUAGUCUUUCUAGUACAAGCAUUCCUACAUCUUGAAUAUAUACAGUGUGUCUUAAAAAUACCAGAACCCCCGGAUAAUUUUGCAGUAUCAAGUUUUUAUGAAAAACUUUAACUACAAAAGUUGUAGAAAAUCGAGUAACGGACUUGAUGGUGACCUUGAAUUUGAUCAUGACCAUGACCUUGAAGGU